AUGCCUGUUACGAUUAAGUACUAUUCCAGUUCUCGCAAGGAAUUCCGGCAGAAGCAUGGGGCCGAAUUUGCCGAUUAUAUAAACGAGCCCGGAAACGCCCAGCUGGGAGCCCUGGUGUUUGACGAGGCGCACGUCAUGAACGGCAUACAUGAAUCGCACGCGAGUGAGAAGGACCCGCAAAAGGAACCUCAUGCUACAGUCCAACUAUCUAACCAGGCGCUCCGGGACCAGGGCGCCUGUAUUCAAGAAACGCAAGUUUACAUUAAUGGAUGUGCUGUAUUCACUCAUAACUAUCACGGCAACUCGUCUAGUCAACACAAAGCUACGAACCAAUACAUCAAGUGA